GAGAGAGAGAGAGAAUCAAAAGUGUUUGGCAAAGAAAAGAGGUGAACGGGUUGAGAUUAAAGAAGGAGAGAGGGAGUGAAAAGGAGGAGGCUAGAUGAUCUACAUGGCAUCCUGGUAAAGGUGUAUCCUCUUACACACCUGAGAGGGAGUGCCUUAAUCCUAAAGCCCGGAGCAAAAGAGGGAGUAUGUAGAAACAUUUCUGUUGGAUCAGCAGUUAACACAGAGAUAAUCACCACAACGUUAGACUGUUCAGUCACCAGAGAGAGAGAGAGAGAGAGAGAGAACACCGAAGAAGAAAGUGAAGUUUGAUGGCAUUAAAAAGCAGAGAGGACUUCAGUAGUCUUGUUUAGGAUUUUGAGAGAGAGGGAGAUUGACAGAAAGAGACAAAACAGAGAGAGCGAGACAGAGACAGGCGGAGAAACGUCUGAUUCUAUUGUCCUGGUUCCCAGAAAAGUAAAGUGGAAAGUAGUGUCUCCCUAUUGUAGUUAACAGGCUACCUGCAAGUGAAGACAUCAAUGUGCGACAGACAGACCAACAGACACACUGUACAGAGAGGCAGACAGACAGAGAGCCAUCAUGCCCAGGUGCUGUCCUAGCAGUGUGUGUUGUCUGGCCCCCCUGCUGUUCCACUGUGAGGUGGGGGCAGGACACGGGGACGAGAGCCAACUCAGUCACGGAGACGAACUGGAGACCAGCUACACAGAGAAACCACAUAGCUACAAGAUAGAGAAAAGUGUAAAGGAAGGGAUCCUAUUGAAACAGACCAGUUCUUUCCAGAGAUGGAAGAGGAGGUACUUCAAACUGAGAGGCCGGACACUUUACUAUGCCAAAGACUCCAAGUCUCUGAUAUUUGACGAGGUGGACCUAUCAGACGCCAGCGUGGCCGAGACCAGUACCAAGAACAUCAACAACAGCUUCACGGUGAUCACUCCAUUCAGGAAGUUGAUGCUGUGUGCUGAGAGCAGGAAGGAGAUGGAGGAUUGGAUCGGUGCUCUGAAGUCUGUACAGAAAUGGGAAAUGUAUGAGGCCAGUCUAUUCAAUAUGGAACAUUUUUCUGGGAUGCACAACUGGUACGCCUGCUCCCACGCCAGACCCACCUUCUGUAAUGUGUGUAGAGAGGCCCUCUCCGGAGUCACCUCCCAUGGACUGUCCUGCGAAGUGUGUAAAUUCAAAGCCCAUAAGCGAUGUGCGGUGCGCUCCACCAACACCUGUAAAUGGACCACGCUGGCCUCCAUAGGAAAUGACAUCAUGGAGGACGACGAAGGGGUCUCCAUGCCUCAUCAGUGGUUAGAGGGGAACCUACCGGUCAGUGCGAAGUGUGUGGUGUGUGACAAGAACUGUGGCAGUGUCAGGAGACUGCAGGACUGGAGAUGUCUAUGGUGCAAGGCUAUUGUGCACAGCAGCUGUAAGGAGCAGAUGGGAAAGGCGUGUCCUCUGGGUCAAUGUCGGGUGUCAAUCAUCCCUCCCACAACCCUCAAUAGUAUCGACUCUGACGGCUUUUGGAAGGCCACCUCUCCCUCCUGCACCUCUCCUCUCCUGGUGCUGUGUAACUCUAAGAGCGGAGACAACCAAGGGGUUAAGUUUCUAAGGAAAUUCAAACAGCUGCUCAACCCUGCACAGGUCUUUGACUUGAUGAACGGAGGACCACAGCUGGGUCUGCGUGUGUUCCAGAAGUUCGCUACGUUUCGUAUCUUGGUGUGUGGCGGGGACGGUAGUGUUGGCUGGGUCCUGUCUGAACUGGAUAAACUCAACCUGCACAAACAAUGUCAGCUAGGGGUCCUCCCUCUGGGUACAGGUAAUGACCUAGCCAGGGUGCUGGGAUGGGGAGGACUAUGUGAUGAUGAUGCUCAACUGCUACAGAUCCUGGAGAAGCUGGAGAGAGCCACCACCAAGAUGCUUGACAGGUGGAGUGUGAUGACAUACGAGCUGCCUACCAAACACUAUCCCAUGGUGAAGGAAGACGAUUUUAGUCCCGACUCCCCCUUGCAGGUUCACAUCACUCAGUAUGCAGACUCUGUGGCCUCCCACCUCACCAAGAUCCUGGACUCUGACAAACAUACGGACGUCAUAUCCUCUGCCAAGUUUUUGUGUGGAACGGUAAAUGAUUUUGUAGCGGAGGUGGGGAGAGCAUACGAGAGAGCUACAGAGAACAAGGAGGAGGCAGACGCUAUGGCCAAGAAGUGUGCCCUGUUGAAUGAGAAACUGGACAGUCUGGUGAAGGCUCUGAGUGAGGAGGCUGAUGCCCAGGUGGUCCCAGCCGGCAGUGUGCCACCCCAGGAUGGGGACCAGGAGAGGGGUACAGACACUACCGGAGGGGAACCCCGGCCCCCAUACAGGUCCAGAGAACAGCUGAUGCUGAGAGCUAACAGUCUGAAGAAAGCACUAAGACAGAUAAUAGAACAGGCUGAGAAAGUGGUGGAUGAACAGAAUAAACACACUCAUCUCCAACGCAUGUCUUCCUCCUCCUCCAUCAAGAGAGAGAACAGUGAGGAACUGAAAGAGGCAGAGCCACGUCACGUCAGUUUAAGCCCCUCUUCCUCCUCCUCCACAAUUGUCCUGGAGAAACCAGAGAGUCUCAGCCCUCCGUCUUUCAACGAAGAUCAGUGCUCAGAGAAGUGUGUAAUGAACAACUACUUUGGGAUCGGUCUGGAUGCUAAGAUCUCCCUGGAGUUCAACAACAAGAGAGAUGAACAUCCCAAGAAAUGCAGUAGUCGUACUAAGAACAAGUUGUGGUAUGGAGUGAUGGGCACCAAGGAACUGGUACAUAAGACAUACAAGAAUCUGGAACAACGAGUACUGUUGGAAUGUGAUGGUGUACCUAUGUGUCUGCCUAGUCUUCAGGGUCUAGCUGUUCUCAACAUCCCGAGCUAUGCGGGGGGAAUCAACUUCUGGGGGGGAACCAAAGAGGACAAUAAUUUUGGCGCUCCGUCGUUUGAUGAUAAGAAGUUAGAGGUGGUAGCUGUGUUUGGCAGUAUGCAGAUGGCUGUAUCCAGAGUCAUCAACAUCCAACACCACCGCAUAGCACAGUGUCGUCAGGUGAAGAUAACUAUCCUAGGGGAGGAGGGUGUACCAGUACAGGUGGAUGGAGAAGCAUGGAUCCAACCUCCAGGGAUAGUCAAGAUCACACACAAGAACAGAGCUCAGAUGCUGACCAGAGACAGGAACUUUGAGAGGACUCUAACAUCAUGGGAGGAUAAGAGGAAGAUUGACACCUACCGUUCCUCCAGGCCCCGCCUCAACUCUCAGCAGUCUAUGGAAUACCUCACAGAGGAGGAAUGUGCUCAAGUACAGCAACUAGGGAUGGUGGCAGACACACUCAUCACUAGGAUAAGAGAGGCAGCUAAGACCCACAAACUGGUAGAACAGGAGUUAGCCCAUGCUGUCAAUGCUAGUGCCAUGGUCCUCACUGAAGCAUUCCCCUCCAAACCAUCCAGCCCUGAGUGUCUGAGUCGCAGUACAGCAGUGGAGAUUGUGAACAGCAGUAAAGUCCUUCAGCUGGAGACCAGGAUGCUGCUGGAGGGAAAACUACUGCUGGACUCUCCCCAGGAAGAGGACCUUCUCUCUACUCUCAACUCUCUGAGUGCUGAACUCCACAAGCUAGAUGAUAUACACUGGAUCUGCCCUGCCAUGCACUGCUCAGAGGAAGUGGAUGACUCUGUGAGAGUGAGUGGUAAGAGUAGUAUGAAGCUAAAGAUGAUGCCCAAGGUGAGGAAGGAGAGAGAGAAGCUCCACAAGCAGAUGUCCAACAGCUCUCUGUCGGCGGAGAGGUGGGAAAGUGAGGAGGUAGCUGCGUGGCUGUACUCUCUGGGGUUAGGGGAGUACAGAGAUACUUUUCUCUCCAGGGACAUCCAGGGCUGCCAGCUCUCACAGCUGCAGCGGCACGACCUCAAGGAUCUUGGGAUAUUAAAGGUGGGGCAUGUGAGACGGAUCCUUCAGGCAAUUGAGGAACUUAACGAGGAGGCUUAAGAAGACAGCUGUCACUAUGGCAACCGGAGGGGGGAUAAAUUAUUCAACAAUUCAAUGACCCUCCCCAUUCAGCUAUCACCUCCCCCUUGAUUCAAUGUUCUCCAUUUUGUAAUCAGGGAGGAGUUGUUUUUAACGAGGGGGCGUAACUUUGCAUUGCAUCACCGUUUGGUGUGCUGUUUGACCUGCUGACCAGGGAUGUGGGCGUGUUCUUCUUGAUAGUCAAAGUGGCCAAUCAGAGAUGAGGAAAGAGUUUCUAAGCAUAUUUUGUUUCAUUGACAACGCAAUGUGCUUACAUAGGCGGUGCUGUCCUUUGCAUGACGGGAGUGGACAUUUUGUUUUUAUUCUUAGAUACAUCCUCUUUUUGGGGUUUAGGCUAGCCUUCCUCUUUUCGCUCUUGACUUUCGGGACUUUUUAGUUUCCUCGAAAUCUGAAGUUUGAGGACAUCUUUGUUGGAGGACAUCAACAAUAACGAAAAACACCAACUUAUUAUCACCUGAGGAACUGGAGACAUAAAAAUGUGAAAAAGUUUUUAUUGAAGGUUCAUAUUGAGGAAUGUAAUACAUGUGGACAGAAUAUGGUACUAAUAUAUUGGCCUUGCUAAAGUACUUACCAUAAUAUCUGUAAUAUAUGUACUGUAGCAUCUUAUGUCCAGCUACUACAGUGCUCACUGUAAUAUCUACGGCUAGCUACUACAGUACUUACUGUAACAUCUAAACCACGAUGACCUCAAUGUGUCCCUGCAUGCCUUCCAAGUUGGAUGAAGUAGCCCAUUGACACUGAUCUAAGAUCUGUCUAAGGUUUGCAUUAUCCCUCCUUAUGGUUAUGCUUAGGUUUGGAGGGAAAGUUGAUCCUACGUCUGUGGUUAGGGAUAUACUUAUACCAUCCCUUACCCCUACGCUGGAAUAUAAAUGCAGUGAGAUUUAUUUUCUUUUUUCCGUUGGAGAAAUUGAGUAACAUUUUAUUUUGAAGGUCUGGUUAUAAACAGCUUAUAAACUGUUAAGAUAGUUAACCACUAUAUCGUUCUAUACAUUUUAUUCAUGCAUUUAUGAAUAGUAGUAGUUUCGGAUGAAAAUAAUAUAUAUUACAAAGACCAGUAUGCCGAGUCAUAUAUAGUUAAACCAUGAACAAGAGAUAUAAGUUAAGUUGUAUCAUUAAGUUAAAAUAACAUGUAUUUAAUUCAUUCAAUGCAGAACAAGCUAUGUAUUAGUCAUUUAAUAGUUAAGUAAUGGUGUUUAUUAAUCAGCUUAUUAUCAGCCUUCCAGAUAAAGUGUUAGCUAUGAUUGUCCUACUGUACCAAUAGCGUGCUUGUCCUGCUGUUAUUGCUAGAGGCUUUAGUGAUGUACCUGUACACGUGUGCCAAGUUUUAAACGACAUAUGACGAUUGUGUGUGUGUGUGUGUGUGUGUGUGUGUGUGCAAACGACACUGUGUGCGUGUCAUUCAUUUCAAAGUUUACUGUACCUUGCCUUGCACUUUACAGAGAGAAACUCAAAAGAAAAAAUGAGUGUGCGAGCGACGUGUGCGUGUAUGUUGUAAAAGUGAUCAUUCACUUGUGUUUUUAUUGCUAUGGAAACGGUCGCUCUCCCUUGUAUUUAUGACACAUCUAUACAGAGAUCAGUGUGUGUUAAUAUGUAACAUAUAAAUAUAACCAAACACGAAUGUUAAAGUAUAUUAUAUAUACACAUAAUAGAUAUUAAAUGUUUAUUCACUUGUCAGGGGUUGUUCUACUGUACAUGCUCUCAGGGUGGCAAAAUUCCAGUAAUUUCUUCUAAAUUACCAGGUUUCAAGAAAUCCCGUUGGAACAUUUCCGGAUUUUCAGAAGUGAAUACGCAGGAAACCCAGGAAUUUUGGGAAAGUUUACAGAAUUUUUCAACCCUAAUGUUCUCACUUUACACAUCCUAAUCUCAUGGAAGACUGGAUUCUGAAAAAUGUUGCGACACCGUUACUCCAACGCUAUGCCAACGAUUCCUUAGCGGCUGUUGUUGCGUCUAUGGCACGACGCUAGGAUAUCAGUAUCGAAAUCUUGUGUGACAUAACAUAUAUAGUGGUCAAUCGCCAAGGUACUGAGAGGUAUGGAGAACAAUGCAACAACGACUUAACGAUCAAGUCAAGAGGAAAAGUCUUGGAAACGGUUUUGUUGGACAACAUGUAUGUAACAUGUAAUACGCCACGGUUGUGUAACAGUAUUUGACGGCAAGUUUUUGUGAACGCACCCCUACAGACCGCACUGGCUGGACUCUGCUGUGCAAUGCGCAAAGCUGGACUCGAUGUUGCACGUUGUUUGUUCAAAGAUGUUUAAUAAUGAUAAUCUUGUGCUGUUAAUUCGUUGUACUGGUUGAUCUCUGCAACCAGGCUGGAAGGUCAGCCUUUGGGCCUAAAAAGUAUUCCUUGAAGUCCUAAGUGUCAAGAUGUUGUAUAUUAUACUAUUUAAUGGUAUCAAUUGAUAAGGAGGAUGUUAUUGUGAUUCAAAUCUUGAAUGUAAUCUUGAAUUGUGAUCAAAUCUUGAAUUGUGAAUCUUUGAACUCAUCAUGUAUUGAACUUGAUUUGAGUGUUCCCAAAUAGAUAUACAUUAUGCUCCAUCUCAGAGCCAAACUGUUAUUUUGACAGUUUACUCGACAUAAAUGUUUGUUGCCAAUAAGACAGGAAUCAUGCAGGCUAUGAUUUUACUGUUUUACUGCAUAUGAUUGAUUAUCAUCAGUGAAUUUAGCCCGGAUUACAAUCAAAGGCGCGUUGGCGAAAAGCAUACUGCACUUGACUUUUAAAGGUCAUUUACGCUUCAGCCAAUAUUAAGCGUGCUGCGCCCUUCGAGACAGCAGGCCUUCGAUUGAAUUCAGGCCCAAGCCUAUUUAUUUGUGCUAUCCAAUUGCCAAUCAUCCAUGUCCCAGAACCCAGAGAGAGGGACAGCAUUCACUGGCUGCUAGCAGGAGGCUGAAAUAAAGUGUAUCCAUUGCUGUUGGA